UAAAAUCUUCUACCUCAUUACCAAAGUGCAAUACCCAUUCCACCAAGUAGGUGGACUCUCCACCCAAAUAGGCAGCCUAGACCGAUCCGGUUGGUGUCUUUGUGUUCGAGUCUCGUCGAUUAUCAGAACAACUACAAACCCCAGCAAUUCAUCAAAUAGGUGGCAGCGCAUAUCACUUUGGUAUAACUAUGUCAUCAGCCCAGGACCCAUUUUACAUUGUGAAAGAGGAGAUACAAGAUUCUAUUGAUAAGUUGCUCUCCACUUUUCAUCAAUGGGAACGGAUGCCUUCAAACAGUGGGGAGCAACUGAAGCUUACUAAGGAGCUCGUUGCCGCAUGUGAGAGCAUUGAAUGGCAGGUAGAUGAGUUGGACAAGGCGAUUUCUGUAGCAUCAUGGGAUCCUGCAUUGUAUGGUAUUGACGAGGUGGAGCUUGAUAAAAGAAGGAGAUGGACUAGCAAUGCUCGUGAUCAGGUGAAAAAUGUGAAGAAAUCAGUCGUAAAUGGGCAGGAGUUGAAUGGAACAAGCACCUCGAAUUUCAAUGGAAUGCAUCGUGAACUAAUGAGGCUUCCAAAUUCUCAUCAACCUAAUCAAUCAAAUCAGUACCGCGCGCAAGAUAAUGAUGAUUUCAUAUCAUCGGAAUCUGACCGGCAGUUACUUCUAAUAAGGCAACAGGAUGAAGAACUCGAUGAACUCAGUGCCAGUGUGCAAAGAAUUGGAGGUGUCGGGCUUACAAUACAUGAUGAACUUCUUGCUCAGGAAAAAAUUGUAGAUGAGCUGGGCAUGGAGAUGGACAGCACGUCAAAUCGUCUUGAUUUUGUUCAGAAAAAGGUUGCUAUGGUUAUGAAGAAGGCUAGUGCCAAGGGUCAACUUAUGAUGAUCUUGUUCUUACUCGUUUUGUUUAUUAUUCUAUUUGUUCUCGUUUUCCUCACAUAAGCUAAGGGAGCCAUAUACCAGCAGAUAGAUCUCUAUACAUGAGAGGGGGUUUCAUAUGGGAAGUUUCUGUUUCUCCUUUUGUCUUUGUAAGUAUUGCUUGUCGACUAGACAUAGAAGGAAAUUGGUUGAGAUUGAUAAAACUAUUUGCGUAUUUUUAUUUUUACUUGUAUUUUUACUUUUAUUAUUUUCAAAAGAUACAAUAUUUUAAUUUAUAAAUGAAUAAUUACAAAGAAGGGUUUUUUCAUAUGGGAACAGAAUAAACUGAAGCUUCUCUAUCUCCUUUUGUCUUUGUAAGUAU